CCACGACAGCCCGCCAAACGUCCAAUGGCCUCUCCAAUCCCUUCGCCGAGCGCUCUGCGCAUCCUCCGUCAAGCUAUCCAGCCUCAAAUACGCCAGAGGCAGCAAGUGCGACAUGCGACGCUCCUUCGCCGGCCAAAGCGCCCCUACACAUUCACACAACUAAUAACCCUCUCCGACGGAUCGUCCUUCACAUUGCGCACCACCAGCCCCGCGCCCGUAUAUAAGAGCACAAAGGAUAUACGAAACAACCCGCUAUGGCAUCCAAGUUCGCGGAAGCUCUUGAACGUGGAGGAGGACGAGGCAGGGAAGCUGGCAGCUUUCAGAGCGAAGUUCGGUACCGGGUGGGACGCUGAAGAUGGAAAGGGUAAGAAGACCGACCACCUCUUGGAUCUUAUAAGCGGGCACGGCAAGACGCAGGCGAAGUCGAAUGAUUCGGCAAAGGCAAAAGCAAAGGCAACUGCGCCGACACCAGGGAAACUAGAGAGCAAGAAGUAGACGGUACUGCAUUGAGAGGUGGGAUUGGUAUUAGGAGGUAUAUCUGUGCCGAAUAUUAUGUUGGUGUAUGGUAUAUCCAUAUAACAAACCAAAGCGCUAUUUCGAAACUCUACGUGAGUGUCUUUUCCUCAUAACACAAUUUCCUUCACAAAGCCUCGACAAGUAGCUUCCUUCCUCUUUCCACCAUCUCGGGGUUCUCGAUGAGACAUUGUUGCGACCCAUGCACCACCAAGUCCGCCACAAACGCGCCCAACUCUUCGCCUCGUAUGGCAAGACUUCCGAACACACAUUCUGCCGUCUUGUUCAGAAGCGUGUUACCACCAUAGAGUACUCCCCCAGGCCUGAUAACAAAGGCCUCCCAAACCUCACGAUGCCCUUCCGCAAACUCAAUUGUC